CAAUCUGAAGAAAGUUAGGAAAAUAAGCAAAAUCCAAAUUACCCUUUUCUUUUCACUCUACAAAAACUCCAUUUUUCACAAUUUCUCAUAACUUAUUUUAGCUAAAAAUUCAAUCUUUUUUUCUUUUAAUCUCACUCAUUAUUUCUCAAAAAUAGAAAUUCCCCUGUUUUGCUCUGUUUUUUUCUUUUCUUCCUCAAAGUUGAAAAAAAUGAACAGCUUCAUCUUUUUUCCAGUUUAAUCCUUCUGUAUUUCUUUUUUAGCUGGUAAGAUUUAAUAAAUAUUUAAUCUUCAUUUUUCAUUUUUGGUUAUUUUGAGUUCUAAGUUCUUGUUUUUUAGUCUUUUUUGCUGUUCACUUAGAAAAAAUGAUGGGUUUUUGAAUAAAAAGGUGAUUUUUUUUUUCAAUUUGUUGAUUUUCUUGGUGAUUUUUUUUUUUUGAAAAAAAAUUAAAUAUGAGUAUGAGUGGAGUAACAGUGGUGGGAUCAGAUGCACCAUCAGAUUACCAUGUGGCACCUAGGAACACUGAAAAUCCCAGUCAAGUUUCUGGAUCAGCACCUCAAAUAAUGACUAUUGCACCAACUCCGGUCACCGGUGCCGGCGCCGGCUCCGUAGCACUGGCGUUAGUGAAGAAGAAGAGAGGUAGACCAAGAAAAUAUGGACCAGAUGGAGUUGCUGUACCGUCUACGGCGGCAGCGCUUUCGCCGAAGCCGAUUUCGUCGGCGGCUCCUGUGUCGUCGCCGGUGAUUGAUUUCUCAUCGGAGAAACGGGGGAAAAUCCGGCCGGUCGGAUUAGUUAGUAAGCCUCAUAUGCCUAAGUUGGAGGUUGAAAAUUCAGGUGAAUGGGUCUCAUGCUCCGUUGGUGCUAAUUUUACGCCCCAUAUUAUCACCGUUAAUACUGGAGAGGAUGUCACCAUGAAGAUUAUAUCAUUCUCUCAACAAGGGCCUCGAGCAAUAUGCAUUCUUUCAGCAAACGGUGUAAUUUCAAGUGUUACACUGCGUCAACCAGACUCUUCUGGUGGCACAUUGACGUAUGAGGGGAGGUUUGAGAUACUGUCAUUGACUGGAUCAUUUAUGCCAUCCGAGACAGGAGGAAUGAGAAACAGAUCCGGAGGAAUGAGCGUUUCUCUAGCAAGCCCUGAUGGACGUGUUGUUGGAGGUGGAGUUGCGGGUCUACUAGUUGCUGCCGGUCCUGUCCAGAUUGUUGUGGGGAGCUUCCUUGCUGGAAAUCAACAUGAACAAAAGACGAAGAAAAACAAAUUGGAGGCUAUAACAGCUGCUGUUGUUCCUCUAUCUAGUCCAGAUAUUGAAGAACCAUCAUAUAAUCAGUCUUCAGCAAAACCUACUAUGCCCGCUUCCUCGAUUAACUGGUCAUCAUCGUUGGCAACUGAGUCAAGAAGUAAGACAGCUGACAUCAACAUAACGUUGCCUGCAUAGGAGUCCGUCCCUUCUUAUUUGAUUCUCACAUCCAUUUGUUGUUUAACUUGUUUGUCAACCUCGAGCAUGUCAUUUUCCUGUUGAGGUAUGUCUAGUAAUCCGAACUAGUUUUUGUUGUAGAUGUAUAAUUGGUUUCAGAAAUGAACUUCAUCAGGAUUUAUGUUAAGGUA